CAAAUCCGACACAAGUGUCAGUGAUGCGAUAACUCGUAAACAAUGUGGGAAUACCUCGCUGUGUUGCUGCUCGGCUUCUGGCUCGGGGUUGCCAUCUUCCUCUACGUUUCGUGCUACUGGCUUGAGGAGAUUUUGGAUCUCCCCCCAACCCGCGACGCAGCGCCAUCGGCCAGCAAUGCUCACGCGCAGCUGAAGAGACUGGUCGCAAGAGUGGUCGAAGAGGCUGCGGCGUUGCCAGCUCUCGCGAGAUAUGCGGCUGAACCCCAAGCGCCACAUGCCACCUAUGAAGAUCUGCUGGCCACUGCUAUACUUAAUAAGGUGAUCGAGCGCUACCAGACGGAAGGGUCCGGAGGCCGAAGCAGCGGCAUCCACUCAGCCAGCGCCAGCCCAUCACCUUCAGACCGAUCUUCGCCAAGAUCUCUUAACACCAGACAUACAAGAGAUAUUAGCCCUCCGCUGCGCGAAGAAGAUGACGUCUCAGAUUGGGAGGAGGGGGCUACAGAGGAAAUAGUAGAGCCGAGACGAGUGCCUUUCCCAGACUUCAGCGAAGAAAUACAACACAUGGAAAAUGGCGACCGCGAUUUCGACGAAGUAUCUGGCAGCGAGAUACAAUCAAUCGAUGGUACAUGGGAGGAGAACUGGCUAUUCCAGAAAAAGAGGAUUAAAACAAUACAGUCCGUACCAGUUCCUAUGCUCGUCCCUAAUUCAAAUUCUGAAUACAAAGCGAUGAUAGGCGACAGAGACGCUGACGAUACCACCGAUCUAUCAGACAACGCAUCUGACGAUGAACCAGAAGAAAUAGACUACAAAAGUGACAUUAAAAGAGUACUAGAAUCUAAACAUGUUAUAGGAGGGGCACCUAGCAUUGAUGAACUUGACUUUGAACCAGAUAGUUUAACUAUCAUAGACGGUUCAGACGAUUUUGAGAAGAUAGAUGAAAAGGAAUACAUGAAAAACAAACUAAUUGACGUUGUCAACAACGAAGUCAAGGUUUACAAGGUAAAUGGAGAGAAAAUAAACAGUAAUAUAAGUGGUAAAUUAGAUGAUGGAUCGGUACUAAUCGUUGGUAUGGAUAGUGGACCAUUGACAAAAGCGGAAUUCGCAUUAAAGGAAGAAAUACACAGGACAAUAUUGAACGGCAACGUCGAUUCGUAUAUUGAAGAUCUGAAGAUGAAAGAAAAUGAUGAAGUUUUCACAAAUGGAACCAAGACUAAUAAUAAAAACACAUUAAGCCGUCACGAGCGAGAAAGAGAAGACGAAGAAACAGUGACACUCCCUGUGCAAAGAUAUGCCGACAGUCUUCGAAGAAAACAUUUCGAUGACGACCCUCAACAGAUCCCAACGCGUGAUACUGAUCAUGAAGAUGACCUCAUACCAGGAUCCAUAGCCUACAGAGAGCGCAAGAAAUGGCUAAAUUACGUCGAUAUGCCAAACAACCCGUAUUCACCAGAGGCCAUUCAAAAACGACUCUCAUCCAAAAGCACAUCAUCUCUAUUCGACACGCUGACAUCCAAAUCGAAAAUCGAAGACAGCGUAGAUGAAGUAGAUGGAGAUAUAAAGGAUGAGAAGGAAAAUAGCGAAGGCAAGGAUGUUCCAGUUAAGGAAUUAAAGCCAUCUUUGAGUGUCAGUUCUGAUGAUGUUCACAUGAAUGGAAGUAGAUCGAAGAGUCCAUCGCCGAAGAUUUUGAAAGAUGUGUUGGCGGGGGAAAUACCACAAUACAAACGCUACGGCCGAGAUUAUUACGUAAAAGAGGCGAAAUCGAGCACGGGCAGCCGCAAGAAGGGCCUCAGUGAGACCAGCUCGUUAUCUUCCAUUAAUAAAUCCACCAGCCUGGACAAUGUGAAUGAGCUGACCUCGCCUGUAAGUGCCAGCUCCUCCCUGAGCGACCUGGAGGCGUGUGCGCUCCACCAGAACAUCGUCCGAGCCGUCCUCAGCCCCAGAAACGCCAGCCCCAACUUCGCCAUUAACCCCAUUUUCGAAACCGACAGACAGAACGAUAACGCUGACGAAAAUCAUGCCGACGAACGUAACGGUCGAGACCACGGAUUACUUAUAAAGCAAUUCAAUUCGAUUGCAUCCAACCAACGGUACAAAACUCUCGCUGGCAACGAAGUUACUAUAAAGCCAAUACCUACAAAAGAUAUAUUGAUAGAAUAUGAAGACGCAAAUGAACAGACACUAUUCUCCGCAAAACCAGUGUAUGUAGAUGAAGAUGAAAAGAAAUUCGAAGAAUUACUACAAACAUACAAAGCGCCAUUAAACGUGUCAAUAGUGAACAUAGUUGAAGAACCGCAGAAAUCUCCGAACAAUCUCAGCGUAGACAACUCUUAUUUAAGUUCAAGCAGUCUGGAGGACUCGAUCAAAAUAUACAACGUGCAAACAGGCGAGAUCGUGAAAUGUACACCGGAAGAUAAGUUAUCAGAGCCAAGAUAUGAGAGUGAUGGAAGUGACAACAUUGAAACGCAAGAUAAGAAAGACGAAGCCAUCAGUCUCACUGAAAGCGACAUUGUGAUCGUUGAAGAUGGAAUAGAUGAGGAUAAAUCGGAGAAUAUUAGUGAAAUAGAAGAUAUACUGUCGCAAUUGCCUAAAGUGAAAGAAUUAGCUAAGAAGUUUGUGAGCAUGGAUAACUUGAACGAGACUAUUAAGCCACCACAACCAGCCCCCCUUAAAAGACAAAAGAGUAAAGAGAACCUAUUCUCCGAGAAACAGAACAAACUAGUCUACAUGCACAGCCUUACCGCCAGAAGUAUCUCCAAAGAAUUCAGAGAGGAACUGAAACUCUCCAUGGCGACCCCGUUAAAGGUGCCUGGGGGGUCGAAUGAGAUCCCAGAGGGCACUGAAGACGUGAUUAAGGAGUCUAGUCGACCCCCAAGCCCGAUGCCCGAACCAGGGACCAUUAAGACUAAGCUAGCGUUCUUUGAGAGUUUAAAAUCUAAGUUUAGCAGCAAAUAGGUGGUUUGGAAAUCAUUUAUUGUGUGA